AUGGUACAGCGUGGAAGAAGUGCUGCGCUGCUGGUGGCGGUCGUCCUGUGCGCCGUUUUCGUUGCGGGCGGUGCUGCCGCAAACUGGUCCGAUGUGGACCAGAUCCUCCAGGCCGGAGUGCAGGACGGAGCCUACCCCGGCUGCGUCGCCCUCGUAGGCAACAAGAACGGAAUCAUCUAUGAGCGUGCCGUGGGGCACUACACGUAUGGCGCCACGCCGCCCUUCAGCUCCCGCAACCCGCCCAUGGCCAUCGACACCCUCUUUGACAUGGCGAGCUGCACCAAGGUCACCACCACCACCACCGCCGUGGCCCAGUUCUACCAGCGCGGCGAGCUGCCCCUGCACACGCGCAUCGCCGACGUGCUGGGCAAGGAGUACGCCCAGCACGGGAAGGGCGACAUCACGGUCCUCAACUGCCUGCUCCACAACACGGGCUACCCUCCCGACCCCAGCCCCAACUACUGGGACCCGGCGUUCGGCUGCCCGGAGACCCGCAAGCCGCACCCGGAGGAGAACUUCUCGUGCCAGGACCGCAUCUACAAGAGCCUCCUCGCGCAGACCCUGGCCAACCCCGUCGGCAGCGUCUACGUCUACUCCGACCUCAGCAUGAUCACGCUCAUGUACGUGGUGGGCAAUCUGGCCAAGGACCUCGGCUACGUCAAGCCCACCGACCUUAUCGCCGGCUGCGACCAGGGAGGCCCCGGUGCCGCUCAGUGCUAUUUCGAGGCGUAUGUGCGCCGCUACGUGUUCCACCAGGCGUCGAUGUACGAUUCGUACGAGUGGAGCCGCUCCGCGCCCUGCGAAAACGACACCACCUACCUCCACAAGGUCAUUCAGGGCCAAGUGUCGGACGGCAACGCCUACGCGCUGGGUGGCAUUGCGGGCCACGCCGGCCUCUUCUCCAACGUGAGGGAUCUCUUCAAGCUCAUGCACAGGUGGAUGUGGGCCGCCCCCAAUGACCACUGGCUCAAUACGAGCACGGCCGAGUUCUUCGUGAAGGAGUACAACCACUCGCAGAGCAGCCGCGCGCUCGGCUGGAACACCAACGACCCCACCGUGCGCGACCAGGGCUGGGGCCUCUCCUGCGGCGCCCUCAGUGCCAAGACCUUCAUGCACAUCGGGUACACGGGCACUGAGAUGUGCGGAGACCCCGUCAAUGGCGUCGUUACCAUUCUGCUCACCAACAGGGUCUACCCUUCGUCGGACAACGAGAAGGUGGGCAUCUACCGCCGCAAGUUCAACAACGCCGUGGUACAAGUCCUCGGCCUCUCCGGCUCGGACUCAGGCCCCAUCGUCGUCCAGGAGUAA